CGCCAUUCCACUAGAUUCAAUCAAGGUGAGGCUACUCCUUUUGACUUGCCCUUUACCUUCCGCUCUUAUUCCUCGCCUCCUCUUCUUCCGAUCGAUCCGCGAGAGAAGCCUUGAGCGCGCAGCAGGCGACCCGAUUCGUGUCGUCUCGAUGGCCAACAGCAACCUCCCUCGCCGGAUCAUCAAGGAAACGCAAAGACUCCUUAGCGAACCCGCUCCCGGCAUCAGUGCAUCUCCGUCCGAGGAUAAUAUGCGCUACUUCAAUGUGAUGAUCCUCGGGCCAACUCAGUCUCCUUACGAAGGAGGAGUUUUCAAGCUGGAGUUGUUUUUGCCUGAAGAAUAUCCCAUGGCUGCUCCAAAGGUCCGCUUUCUCACCAAAAUAUACCACCCAAAUAUUGACAAGCUUGGAAGAAUAUGCCUUGACAUCCUGAAGGACAAAUGGAGUCCAGCCCUCCAAAUCAGAACAGUACUGCUCAGCAUUCAGGCUCUUCUUAGUGCCCCAAAUCCAGAUGACCCUCUCUCAGAGAACAUCGCCAAGCACUGGAAGUCGAACGAAGCAGAAGCUGUGGAAACAGCAAAAGAAUGGACACGUCUUUAUGCUUCCGGUGCAUAAAGAAUUGUUCCAGACAGCCGCGGUGAUCUAUUUGCACUUGGAAGUUUAUUCAUCCAUAUAAAACCUUGACACUGAACAAGGUGCAAGUGCAAGUCAAGGAAAUGCUUCCUUCUUCCUUCUUCUGCUGCUGCUGCUGCUAUAUAUCGUGUAAUCGCAAAAUUUCAAGCUGUAUCUCUACUGUCUUUAUUAUGCCACUAAAACCUAAUUUCUUAACUUGCAUUUGUGAAAAUAUAGCCUUGAAUGUUUUGCUUCAUUAUAAAAA